AUGCAAACUUUGCGAAGUAUUCCUCCGCUGCCCUCUACAGAAAGAGGGACCUUCUGCUCCAUUUCAAGCGACAAGAGCGGUGAGCUGCUCCUGUACUGCAGUGGCAGCAACGUGAUUUGGCGUCCGCUGUCUGCAAUGGCAGCUGGAACCGAAAAGCCGGACGACAUUUUCUGCUGGCGAGGCCAUGUCAAGAACACCACCUGUGCGGCUAUGUCACCAAAUGGCCAAUGGGUUGUAUCCGGUGAUGUCACGGGAGCAUUAAGACUGUGGGGUGCCAAAGGGGAGCAUGCGCAGAAGAACGAGUACAGGCUUUGGGACGGGGUUGUGAAAGACGUGGCCUGGAGUGACGAUUCAGGCCGCCUGGUUGCGGCUGGCGAUGGCAAGGAAGUAAGGGCAGCGGCAAUGAUCUGGGACACCGGCAGCAAAACAGGCGAGGUAACCGGCCACACCAAGCAGGUCAACUCCAUUGCUUUCCGGUCCCAGAGGCCUUUCAAAGUGGUCACCGGCGGCGAGGACAUGCAAGUCAUCUUCCACCAAGGUCCACCCUUCAAGUUCGUCAGGUCUCACAAUGCGCACUCCAACUUCGUGAACUGUGUGCGCUACUCGCCAGACGGUGCCUGGUUUGCCUCUGCCGGCUCUGACUCCAAGCUUUGUCUCUACGAGGGCAAAGAAGGAGAGUUUUUGAAGGAGUUUGCGAAGCCCGAGGGCGUCUCUGGCAGCUUCUGGGCAAUGGCCUGGUCCCCGGACUCGGCACGCUGUGCCACUGCUGGUGGGGACAAGAAGCUCCGCAUUUGGGAUCGAGAGGCAGGCGCCCAGGUAGCAGAGGCCACCGUCGGAACGACUUUGGCGGACAUGCAAGUCGGCGUAUCUUGGGCAUCCCCUUCACGCGUGGUGUCCGUCUGCUUGGACGGACGGCUGCUGCUCUGGGAUGUCACCUCUGGCCUGAGUCUUGCCGGCACCAUCAACGGCACGCAGGGUCCAUUGAAUUGCCUGGCUUGCGACAAGAAAUCAAAGAGCUUGGUCUACGGAGGGACAGAGGGCUCCGUUGCAAUUGCUCCUUCGUCAGGGCCGGUUGUCAGGGCAAGUAUUGGUAAGGGCAUUCAGCAUGUCCUGGGUCAUUCUGAUUCCUUCGCCGGGAAGCCAGAAGCCUGGAUCGUCUCCCUUGAUGAUUGCAUCCGCAAGAUUGCGCUGGAAACCGGCGAGGCAAGCGCGCCUGUCGAGGUCAAGGAGUUCAUGGUCGGUGCAGGCUGGCUUGACGCUGGUGAAUCGAAGCUCAUCGUUGCCACCGGGAAAAAGAACUUCCACUGCAUCUCAGACUCAAUCGUUUGGAGCAAAGCCGAUGCUGUGAAACGAAGGCCCACUGCUUUUGCUUCACUCGCAGGGAAGAAGGUCGCAGUUGCCCUGGAGCAGCCCGAAGGGCAAACAGGUGGCAUGUCUAGUGCGCAGUAUGAUAUCCACCUCAUGGACAUCGUUGAUGAGACUGCCGAUGGCAUUGUUGAGAAGGCCUUGUUGCAGAAGCACUUGGCUGAAGUCACGGCCUUGCGAUUUUCUCCAACAGGAGAGCACCUCGCUUCAAGCGAUGCUGCUCACAAGAUCGUGGUUUGGGGGCUGAGUGACGGCGAUCCAGUGGCCAAAAUCUCCGAUUGGAACUUCCACACAGCCAGAGUCUCGUCCUUGGAUUGGCUGGAGGGUGGCAAGAAGCUGGUAAGCGGAUCCUUGGAUCGCCACCUCUUCGUCUGGGACCUUGAAAAGCCCGACUCCAAGGUGCAGAUAAAGGACACGCACAAGGGUGGGGUCACGGCAGUGGCUGCAGUGAGCGAUGCCAGCUUUGCCUCCACAGGUCACGACGGCUUUGUGCUGCUGCACGGGCUAAGCUGA